GAUUAGAUUUUAAAAAAAAGAUGAUACAUUUAUCUGUAUGCUUAUUCAGAUAAUAAUGUUAAGACUUUGUUUAUCUUUAUUUUCAGGGCUAUGAAAUCUGCACUUGUAAUUUCGUGUUUUAUUUCUGUCUUUGGAAUAAGGACUAUGAGGGAAAUAAUAGAUGGCCAUUCUACUCAUAAGAGUAAAGAGAUUUCAAGCGAGAGAACCUCGUCAUAUAAAAAUUUUGAGAAUCCAUUCUUACUUCCGGAAGUUCCGGUAGGGUGGGACGGGAAGGAUUAUAAAUUGAACUUUCGUGGAAAUGCACUGGGGUUCAAGCUUCGGAGGGCCCCUAUACCAGAACCUGGGGCUCCUUGGCCAAUGCCACAGAGAUAUUCCUCCGACUCCAACAAACUCUACAGACUACAAAAGGGGAAACUGGAUGUCAAGAUGUCUUUAUCAAGCUGUAAUACAUUGCAUGAAGCCAUUCUUCGUUUUAAGAAAUAUAUAUUUACAUGCACGAAUGAAAGAUUCCAAAAUAACCUACGAAAUAUAUUUGAUAAGGAUCUAAAGAAGAAAAUGCUUUAUUCUUCAAAGACUUCAUUCAGUUUGAAGAUGAUAACUUCACUUGUCCUUGAUAUAAAACGCUGUACAUACAUGCCGUCUCUUUCGGCAGAUGAAUCAUACAAACUUACAGUCAAUGAACACGGAAUCUCAAUAGUUGCUGGUGAGGUUUGGGGCGCCCUGAGGGGACUGGAAACACUUAGUCAGAUUACCGUUUGCACUCAUAAUACGGUUAUACUGAAGGAGACAAAAAUCAAAGAUUUUCCGCGAUUUCCACACAGAGGCAUCAUGGUUGACACUGCCAGACAUUUCAUGAGUAAAGAAACGCUGUUCCAGAUUAUGAGAGGAAUGGAGAUGAACAAGAUGAACAUUCUUCACUGGCAUCUUUCUGAUGAUCAGUCUUUUCCUUUCCGAAGUGAAAUUUUUCCAGAACUGAGUGAAAAAGGAGCUUUCCAUCCCUCGCUGAUCUACACACACGACGACGUGAGAGAUAUUAUAGAAUUUGGGAGGCUGAGAGGGAUUCGAGUUAUUCCAGAGUUUGACACUCCAGCCCACACACUUUCCUGGAGCUUCAGUAAGCCAGAAUUGCUGACUCAGUGUUAUCAUAAAGGACAGCCAGUACCCGCUCUGAUGGGACCGAUGAACCCAGCACGGAACAGUACUUAUCUUUUUCUGCAACGAUUUUAUAAAGAAGUUCUAGGCUUAUUUCAGGACCAGUUUGUUCAUAUUGGUGGCGAUGAAGUGCCUUUUGAGUGCUGGAAUUCUAAUACUGAGAUAGUGAGCUUCGCAGAAGAAAUGGCUAGAAUGGCCAAAGCAAAUAAUACAGGAAAAAUGUCCACUGGAGACAAUCGGGACAUGCUAAGGUUACUGGAUUAUUACACCAAAAGGUUGAUAUCAGAAAUUAAAGAUACAGCUAAACAGAAAAAGAAAGAUGUGGGGUUUAUAGUAUGGGAGGAAGCCUAUUCCAAAAAACUCAGUAUUCCAGAAGGAACUGUUGUACAGUUGUGGUAUGGUGGACCAGACAGCGUAUCUAGCAUAACAGCUGAUGGCUUCCCUGUUAUUUACUCCUCUUGCUGGUACCUGGACCAAGUGCCACCUGGCAUACAAUGGCAGACUUUCUACUCUUGUGACCCGGUGUUACGGCAUUUUAAAGGGAACUUGUCAAAGGUUUUAGGUGGGGAGGUCUGUGCAUGGAGCGAACACAUCACGAAUGAGGAUGUCUUAGUCAAAAUGUGGCCUAUGACAUCAGCGGCUGCUGAGAGGCUUUGGAGUGCUCGGUCUGUGACAAAUCUAGAAGAAGCAGCGCCUCGUCUGGAGGAACAAAGAUGUCGAAUGCUAAGAAGAGGAAUUCCUGCAGGCAGUUUAAGUGGGCCUGGCUUUUGUAUUGUUCAGGAGCCUGUGCUGCAAGAUUUUAGUUUUGGAAUGUCUUCAAAUAACAAAUUUACAUCACAUUAUAUUGCAAAGGGAAGUUAUAAGCAUUUACUUGGUAUAUCCAGUAUCAUAUUCAUCCUUGGGAUUUUGUCCUUCGUUUACGCGUCCAAAAGAACCUUCCUUUAUACGAUCUUGGUCCCAUUAAGGGGGAGAAGAAGAAAGUAAAGAAAAGAAAUCUCAAUGAAUAUAUUUCAUUGCUUACCAUGAUGGGCAAGAUCAGAGGGAAGCAAAGAGUGUUAUAAAAGUGGGAAAAUUCAGUUCUGUAUCACCUGUAAAGAAAGUAAAACGUCAUCUGAAGGAGAAAGCGUUUGUUUCAGUAAUAACAACCACAGAUACUGAAGAAACGCCUUGAUAUGGAUAGAAAUCUCUCUGAUAUCCCAGAUCUUGAGUGAUAAAUCAUUAUUUUGAAGUAAAAUCAAUUGAGGCAAAACACAAUUACGGUUGUUUAAUUGCCUUUGAAAUUUAGAUUGUUGGAAAGUUUGGCACAUUGUUACAACAAAAAUUAUGAGGUGCCUGGAUUGGCAAACAUUUUCACUAUACAAAUGCCUACGAUUGAAGGAGGUUCAACUCCUAUUGAGAACUUUGCAGGAAAGUGCAAAAAUAAAA